AUGGGCACUUUCGGACUAAGACCAUCCGACUGCAGCUCACCCUCUGAAGUUGACAACGAAAGCAAUCAGCCUGAUGUGCAAAAUCUCUUGGUAGAAAAGGAUAACCAGAUCACCCAACUACUCAACAGGAUCCAACAGCUUGAGAUCGAAAAAAACAAAACUGGAGACGCGCGCUAUUUUUCUUCGGACAAUGACCCUGCAACUUCCUUGGCAGCAGCAACCAAUCAAGCUCUAACCUCUUUAAAUCAAACCAAUCAACUCCAGAUUUCACCAGCCGGUCACUCUGAAAGCUCCUUAUCUAGAUUACAUCAGUCUGGAGUGGACUUCGAGAAUAACCAUGGAAAUUCCGUAGCCAACCCGUCGACAAUCAGAACGUCUUCGACUAGAAAUUCUUUAAUCGCGACCAUUUCUCGACCUUCCUUGAGCGGAACAAAUCACGCGUCCAUCGAAUACCGAUCAGAAACCACCUUGACUAGUUGGAGCUGUGUGACGCGUAGUGAGAUGAUUCCAGAAAAGUAUGGAGAGGAAUCUAACAGCCGUUUUCCUCUCAUUGAAGAAGUCGAAGAAACUGGGCAAGGAGACUCCACAAGUGACGAUGAUGAGGAUUAUGAGCCUGCAGUGCAGAGCUUCGGGUCCAGGCGAGGCGAGCCCGCCAACGAUCACUAUGCGAUGGGAUAUAGAGGCGUAUCGUGUGUUGUUGGAGGAAAUACUGUCAAAACGUUUGACGAUGAGGCCAGUGGUAGUGGAAAAUUAAAAUUAUUGGCCACGAUGCCUGGCCUGUCUACCCCUGAUGGAAAGCGAUCUCUGGUCCCAUCCAAGGUCAUGUUGCAUAGACAAGACAGCAACUUGAUCAUGCAAGAUAAGUAUAGCCGAGACUUGCUGUACAGCUUUGACAUGGAGUAUGGUAAAGUGGUCGAUGAAUGGCAUAUCGGUCCUGAACAACUCGUGGACUUCUGUCCGGGUAAAAAAUUCAAUCAGAUGCUCGCGGAGCCGACCUUCGUAGGGGCCUCGUCAAACUCGCUUUAUAUAAUCGAUCCACGAUUGCAUGGCUACAAGGGAGUUGCAUUGAAAACGUACAGUCCCUUUACCAGGACCAACUUCUCCUGUGUUGCGACUACCGAAUAUGGAUGGGUGGCGGUCGGAUCCAAAAAUGGAGACAUCCGAUUGUAUGACUCGUUGGGCAAGAAUGCUAAAACUCACCUUCGUGGUUGUAAGGGCCCAGUUUUGGCGCUCGAUGUUUCUAAGGACGGGGCGUAUUUGGUCGCUACUUACGAAGCUCACUUGGUGCUCUACGACUGCCACAUGGGCUUUAAUAGAAGCAUUGCUAGUUCUGCGAAUGCUUCCGGUAUCCGGGUCAAUCUUACCCGAGAACAUGCGAAGUAUCUCCAUGAUGAGGGUGUUCCGCUCGUCUACAAAUCAGCGACGUUCAACUUAGGACCAAAUACGACAGAGAAAUACAUCACCGCCUAUGUCGGCCCUUAUUUGAUCGCAUUCAACUUGCGCUCGAUACUGGCCAACAAGCCCGAAUAUGAGAUCAAGAGAUAUCAGGAUAACGUAGUUGCCAGUAGUUUUCGAUGGAAUAAUGAUAAAGAUAUUGUUGUCACGGUGCCAAGUGACGUGUUCGUCCAGGAUCGAGCCAAGUUAUCUCGACCCCGCCGCCAUUCGCUAGAUCAUUACCGAUCAAGGAACAUUAUAAGAGGUAGACCUUCUGUUUAA